AUGAAGAGUGUGCUGCUCCCCGUCCUGGCUCUCUGGGUGGGGUGCUGCCCUGGAGGGGCCCUGGCCAAGCAGGGGCUGAGCCUGAGAGACCCCAGGCCCCGGCCAUCCUCCUCGGGUUUGCCCACCCUGCAGCCGCCGCCGCCCAGCCCGCCGGGCCCCCCCCCAUGGAACCUGCCUGUGCCCUGUCACAAUGAGCCUAGAAGGUCCCCAGAAGUUCUGAGAGGUCAAGUUCGGCCCAUCCCCGAGAGCGACGGCCCGGACAAGCCUGAGGACAGGCAGCUGGACGGAUCACAGUCGCAGCUCACCUCCAAGGAGGGAGUCCACAGAGCCCCCACCCGGUUCCCAGCCCCCAAGGCCUCCCACCAACCUGACCUGGGCAGCUGGCGUCAAAAGAAGGUUCAAAGCCAAGGCCAAGGUGGCAGCCACACCUCAGAGACUACAGGUCAUGGACGGAAAAGGCCUGGAAGCAAGCGAGGACACAGCCAUGGUUUUGCAGACCUGGGCACUGCGGAACAGCCCACGCCGUCCCUGCCAGCCUCCUGCCUCCUGGCCCAGGCGGCCAUUGCCUGUGGCAACGUCAAGAUGAAGCAUGUCCCUGCCCUGUCCGACCCCAGCCUGACCACGCUCUACUUGGCAGAGAAUGAAAUUGCCAAGAUCCCGGCCCACACGUUCCUGGGACUGCCCAAUCUGGAGUGGCUGGACUUGAGCAAGAACAAGCUGGAUGCCCGCGGCCUGCACCCUCAUGCCUUCAAGACUCUGACCAGACUGAAGCGGCUGAACCUAGAUGGGAACUCGCUGUCCACGGUGCCGGCCUUGCCCACCUCCUUGCAGGAGCUCAAACUCAAUGACAACCUUCUGCAGGGCCUACAGAGCAGCAGUUUUCGGGGGCUCGGCCAGCUGCUGACGCUGGAGGUGGAAGGGAACCAGCUGCAUGACGGGGACAUCUCCCCGCAGGCCUUCCAGCCCCUGCACAGCCUGCUCUACCUGAGGCUGGGACGGAACCAGCUGCGGACCAUCCCUCCUGGCCUGCCAGCCUCCCUGCAGGAGCUGCACUUGGGCACCAACGUCAUCGAGGAGGUGACAGAGGGCGCACUGAACCGUAGCCACAGCCUCAGCGUGCUGGUACUCAGUAACAACCGGCUCCAGGAGGACCAGCUGGCACCCCGCGCUUGGAUCAAUCUUCCGAAGCUGGAGGCCCUCGACCUGUCCCACAACCAACUGGUGUACGUGCCCUCCUUCCUGCCCCGGGGCCUCCGCCACCUGACGCUGCACCACAACUGCAUCGAGCGCAUCCCUGGCUACGUGUUUGCGCACAUGAAGCCGGGCCUGGAGCGCCUACACCUGUCUCACAACAGCCUGCGCGCCGAUGGCAUCCACGAUGUGUCCUUCCUGGGCCUGCGAGCCUCCCUGGCCGAGCUGCUGCUGGACCAUAACCAGCUGCAGGCCAUCCCUCGAGGCCUCCUGGGCCUCAGGGCGCUGCAGGUGUUGCGCCUGAGUCACAACAAGACCAGACAUGUGCCCCUGAAUUCCAUCUGUGACACACGCGUGGCCCAGGACUCCAACCUCAUCUCCACGCACCUGGAGAACAACCUUAUCGACCGGCGCCACAUCCCCCCCAAUGCCUUCUCCUGCAUCCGGGCCUACCACAGUGUGGUCCUACAGCACCAGCAGGGGGAGGAGGAGGGGGAGGCAGAGGGUGCCUAGCCCCCAAAAGCCAACCUUCCCCACCCCCUGUUCCUUGGGGACUGGUAGGGGGAGGAGGGCCCAAGCUCAGCUCCAUUUGAUCUUUGCAUCACUGGGAGAAAGAUCUAGAAGACCCUGCUGCUUCAGAUGUGCCUACAUCCCACUGACUGCUGAGAUCCCUUCACUUAGUAAAUGACCCAGCCGGAUGUGGUGCUGGUUUGGACUUGAGCAUAAUAAAUGCAUCUCAUUCAAGUCCACUCACCUCCUCUAGCCUCCUGCCCUCCCUCCUGGAUCUAAACUGCCUGUACGUGCUGGCAUUCUCUUGUGCAUGGAGCCCCCAGAGCCCACAUCCUGGAUACUGCUUCGUCAGCAGGAGUUUAAGAAGGCCUGCUUCUAGAAGCUUCUCCAAGAGUCUCCACAGCCCCACCUGCCCUGGCCAGGGUCCUGAAGUCUCCUGCAGCUCAGCCCCAAGCCAUCUGGAGGCCAGGCUUGCCCUCAUUGUUCAGGGCAGCAUCAGUACUCUC